GCCCAUAUAAAUUCUGACCGACAUGAAAGGGGAACAGACGGAGAAUGGGCUUAGAAAGGAGGAGUGAAACUCAGGAUUAGAGGCAAGCAGUCACUUGCAAAAGCCACUGACCAGUUCUUGAGCAAAAGGGACAAAUCGAAUUCACCAGUCCUCAUCUUUUCCAUCCAGCGCACCAGACGUCCACUCAGCCAUUCCACACUGCUCUCCAGUAAGGCAAAAUGGGAGUCUAUGGAACAGUCACCAUCAUCUUCCUCCUCCCGCUCGUGGCAAAGAUGACAGAAAUUCCACCUGGUUGCAAAAUUCGUAUCACCUCCAGAGGCCUGGAAAUGUUGAAGUAUGAGACACAGAAGUUUGUGGAGCAGGAGCUGGGAAACAUCACCAUGCCAGAGAUGCAUGGCAAGGAGGGGCGCUUCCAGUAUUCCAUUACAGAUGUGAAGAUAACAGAGCUAAACCUGACAGCUGACCUCAGUUUCCAGCCUACAGCUGGACUUCUUUUUGAGGUGCACAACUCAUCCAUCACCGUCAGCUUCCAGAGACGCAUCCUCUACUGGUUCUUCUACGACGAGGGUCCCAUCAACGCCUCUGCAGAAGGCGUGAACAUCCACACCGCCCUCGACCUGGCCAAAGAUGAGCUAGGCCGUCUCAAGAUCUCCAAUGUCAGCUGUGAUGCUUCCAUUGGCAAGAUGAGGGCCAAGUUUGGCGGAACCCUUGGGAGGGUUUACGACUUUGUCGCAACGUUCCUGACCACAGGAAUGCGCUUCAUCCUAAAUCAGCAGAUUUGCCCUGCACUGAAUCACGCCGCGCUGGUGCUGAUCAACCAACUGCUGGAGACGAUUCCAGUGCGUGCAGAGGUGGAUAAAUAUGUGGGCAUUGAUUAUUCGCUUUUGAGUGACCCUGUGGUCACUGGCACUAGUCUUGAUAUGGACUUCAGGGGCAUGUUCUACAAUCUGCAGAAUGAGAAAGAUACUCUGGUGAACUAUGCAGUGAAUCCUGUUGUGAGAGAGUACGACCGCAUGAUCUAUCUGGCUCUGUCUGAGUAUUUCUUCGACAGUGGACUCUAUUCAUAUUUCAAAGGAGGGGUGUUCAGGAUGCACAUAUCAAAUGACAGAAUGCCAAAAGACCUGGAGAUGCUUCUCAGAACCACCUACUUUGGACCUAUCAUGAUGUUGAACCCAGCUCUGAUGGAAGCUCCUAUCUCAUUGGAGCUGGAGGUCACCUCAGCUCCUACCUCUACCAUCAAGACAUCAGGGGCCAGCGUAGCUGUCCACUCUGGGGUCAGAGUGCUGGCUCUUCCUCCAGGAAAGGCACCCGUCCAGCUCAGCAGUAUGACCAUGGAGUCCAAAUUCAAUGCCAAAGUGUCCAUGAAGGGGAAGAGACUAGCCAUUCAUCUGGACCUCAGAAGGUUUAAAAUUUUCUCCAACCAGUCUGCUUUGGAGUCAUUAGCGCUGAUCCCUCUCCAAGCUCCGCUGAAGACUAUGCUGCAAAUCACGGUGGUGCCCCUCCUCAACAAUUACACUAAGAGAGGAGUGCGGAUUCCUCUGCCCGAUGGUAUCGACUUCAUCGAGGAGGUGGUGGAGUAUCACAAUGGCUACAUCAUUGUAGGAGCCAACCUGCAUUUCAGAAGUGGCCUGAGGGAGCUGAUCGAGAGGAAGCAGGCUGGAGAGACUGACAACACUGACUAACACUGAACGUUUUGUACUUGGGAUCUUUUUUUUUAUUUGUGUUUCACAUUCACUUUUAAAUAUAUGCUCACUACAGUGCUGCCAUCAGAUAUUACAGACUGUGCCAGAGACACACAAAUAGAUGUAGAAACCUUGUGUUCUUGAUUACGUGUAUUGAUUAAAUUUUAUGUGCACAUACUUUCUGACAUGAUGUAUCACUACUGUACUGCCCAUAGAAACAUGUAUAUUGGUGUCUCACAUUAGUGUUUCAGUAGCUCGUGUAAAUGACAGGUUUGUACUGAAUGUACUGUUUCAAAUGCUUAAAAUGAAGAGCUGAUGUUCCCGUGUCA